AUGGCUGCCCAAGGCUAUGUUCAGACUUCCCUUAUCUGGGUGACUUACGCCGUUGCAAUUUUAUUAGCCUUAAUUGUUGCUAGCAUCACCACUUUUAUAUGGCAAACCCCACGCGACCGAUCUGCGAUCGUUACCACCGUUGCUAUUGUCAGCUUAACCUCCCUCUUCGCGACUGUCUUCCUCCUCCCUGUCGACAUCGCCCUCGUCUCCUCGACUACGUCCACGGCCCUCGGCGCUAAGAAGGACUGGGCUACUCCCGAACGCGUCAACAACAUCCUCCUUACACUCAAGAUCGUUUAUUAUUCUCUCUACAGCUUCGAUGCCCUGCUCUGCCUGCUGAUAAUUCCUUUCUCUUACUUCUGGUAUGAGGAAUAUGACGAAGUUGAGGAGCAGGAGGGAAACCAAACAUUCGGCUCGCGCCUCUGGGGAGCUUUCAAAUAUACUAUUGCUUUCAUACUAUUGAUCGUCAUCAUAUUCCUCGUCGGUUUCUUCGUGCCUGCUGCCGGCGCCCGCGGCGAUGGUAAACACCUCGAUCUCGACUUCUUCAAGAAGCUCCUCGAUGAAAAUCAUGGAGAAAAAGCGCUGACCUUUGGUGUCGGUCUACUUGUUACGCUGGGUACCCUACUCUAUGUUCUUUACGCUGGUGCUGGUCUCGCCCUUUUCCCCGUCUCCUUCAUCAAAUCCGCCCCCUCCGUGUCCGCGCCGCAGCUCUCUGAAAACACUGCGUCUCAGCUGGAGCAGAACAGGGAGCGCCAGAGACAGUUGGAAUUGCGCAGUGCUGGUCGGUCAGAUGGAAUGCCAGCCAAAGACAGGCGCGAACUAGAGGCCCUUGUUCGCGAAGAACGGACUCUAGUGCGUCGCGAAAGGCUUGCUGCCGAGGCGCAGGGCGAAGGCAAGGGUUUUAUCGUCAGGGCAUGGUCAAAGAUCUGCGCAGUUUUCAGACCGCUGAAGCUCAUUGGAGGAGUCCUACUUGUCGUGCUCGCACUACUGAUCUGGGUCUCCAUGCUAAUCACAGGCAUCGACAAAGCCGCCAACUCGGUCUGCAAGGAACACUGCGGAUACAUCCUAGCGCAUAUCAACGUAUUCCAGCCCGUCAACUGGCUCUUCGUACAGACCGCCCGUGCAUUCCCCGUGGACUACGUGCUCAUGGCACUCCUAAUCUUGCUUUUCUUCAGUAGCUCCGUGUCGGGCUUAGCUGCUAUCGGUAUCCGCUUCUUAUGGCUACGCAUCUUCCGAAUUAGCAAGGGUCGUACGGCGCCGCAAGCUCUACUCAUCGCGACGGUCAUGUUGGCACUUAUCAUGCUAGGUAUCAACUACGCCAUAGCUAUGAUGGUAGCACCGCAGUACGCGAGCUACGGGACCCAGACAUUCUGCGAUCUACCACCGAAACACCCACUUGGACGACCCGACUGCACCGACGCCCCCGAAGCUGUCAAGCCGUGUUCGGAGUGGGCGGGCAGCGCGUCGCGCGGGCGGUGGUCGAUGGAGCCGCAAUCCGUAUGCACGCCGACUGUCAUGUCGACGUUCCUUAACCGCAUCACGCUUAACUGGCCCGUGUUCGGUGCUAUCGACUUCUGGGCGCAGUUUGCCUUCCUUGGCGUCUUCUUGCUCGUGUUCCUAACAAGUCUAUUCCGCGCCCCAAGGCUCAACCUUAGCGAGAUCGACGAGGAAGCUGAGGCUGAUGAGGAAGAAGGUCUUCUGGCGAGUACCGGACGCCGUUUUGGUGCUACCUGGCAAGACAUUACGGGCCGGCCGAAGCGCGGGAACGGAGCAGGUGGGAAUGGUUCUGGCUACGGCUCUGAAGCGUAG